AUGGUCCACUCCACUUUUCUUUGCAGAGGGACGAGCGGAAUAGACAUAGACCUGCGGCGAGUAGACAUAGACCAAUGCCCUCUUCCUCCGGGGUCUAAGGAUCUCAACAUCUUUGAGAGUUCGGACAAGUGCAAAAACAGAACCACGAAGUGCGUGACGAUCAAGGGCCUGGGAUUCCGCCGCGGCAGCUACCAGUGCCAGUGCAAGGACGGCUUCUACUUCCCCGACACGGCCGCCUCCGUCAAGUACUUCAAUGGGUCGCUCAUUGAAGAGGAAUACGAGAAGAAGAUGCUGGGUCUGGCCUCCCGCUACGACCUCCCGGGCCAGUUCGAGUGCCUCCCCUGCGCCGAGGGAUGCGAGAGGUGUGAGGACGACAGCCCCUGCGUCGUGUCCCUCAACUGGAUGAUGCGGACGGGGAUUCUCACUCUCGCGAUCAUCAUCAUCUGCAGCCUCCCGGUCAUCGUGGUCUUCACGUGGAAGUAUGGCAAUAUUAAGGUGGUGCGAGCGGCCAGUCCCGCCUUGCUCAGGAUCAUUAUACUUGGCGCUUUCUUCAUCUACUCUACGACGUUGGUGCUGUACCCCAUCCCUUCUGUGAUCUCCUGUAGUCUCCGCGUGUGGCUCAGAGAGAUUGGAUUCUCGCUCUCCUACGGGGCACUUAUGCUUAAGACGUGGAGGAUCUCGGUGAUCUUCCGGGUACGCUCGGCCAAGGCGGUCAAGAUAACGGACCUUGACCUCAUGAAGAGAUUGGGCAUCAUCGUCGGGGUCUUCGCUGUGUUCCUGGGCAUCCGGACGGUCGUGGCUCCUCCGCAGGUGAUCGUGUCCAUGACAGCUGACGAUCUGAAAGCGUUCCUCUGUUCUACUGACUGGUGGGACCAUUCCUUUACUGCCAUGGAGAUGAUGUUCCUGGUGUGGGGCAUCCGGCUGUGCAUCAUGGUGAGGAAAGCGCCCUCGGAAUUCAACGAGUCAAAAUUCAUCUCCAUUGCCAUUUACAACGAGUUUCUUCUGUCUCUCUUCCUCAACGUGUCCAUGCUCUUCCUGCAAUCGCCAGCCAACCCAGACUUAUUAUUCAUCAUCUUCUUCUGCCACACGCAGUUGACUAUCACUAUUCUCAUCGCCCUCAUCUUCGGUAGCAAGGCCUACCUGGUGCUAAAGGGACAGGGGAAGGACGAGGGCUCCUCCAUGACGAAGCCUAACGUGGCCAAGUUCCUGCAGCGACCCAACGCCGGGAACAGCCAGAACAUGCUCACCACCACGUCGUCCUCGGGGAACGUCGAGGGGGACAUGCUGGAGGAGUUCCGGAAGGUGUACAUGCAGCUGGAGGCGCUGAAGGAGCGCAACCUGCGCGCGGGCAACCGGGGCAUGGCGGCCAAGAUCAAGGCCAUGCAGGAAGCGGCCAACACGGCCUCGUUCACGUCCGCCCCGUCGGCGCCGCCCGUCACCACCGUCGUCGUGUCGGAGAAGAAGGAGACGAACGCGGAGCGCGAGCAGCGGAGGGCGGAGAGCCGGAGGGAGAAGAAGUGCAACGACGGCAUCAUCAUGAAGCCCUACGUCAACAACAUCCUGGCCAACAUGACGGAUAAGAUCGUGUGCGCCACCUUCAAGGACGAGAUCCCGUCGCCGACCAAGGUGUCCCCGGUGAAGGAGGAGGAGGAC